CGUCCCUCGCCCGACGCCUUUAAUAUCCCACAUCAUAACCAUCAAUCAUCCUCGCCCUCGAUUGUGCCCGUUGUAUCUCCCUAACUUCAUCCUACCACGACAUAAUACCUACGCUACACAGACGCUGCCCGCUAUCGCUACUGUCUAUUCUCUAGUUUCCUCCGUAUCACAUUAAUUCACUCAGGUCGCCCUGACUCAGCAAUAUGGACAGAUCUUACUUUGAAGACGCCCUUGGAGUCGUUCGACUCGUCCUUCAGAAGCGCAUCAAUCAUGCUGCCCAAGUCUCACUCACAAACGAUAUUCUAUGCAUCGCUGCGGGUCUCAGAUCUGCAUCUUUAGUGGACCAAUUAUUCCUGAACGAGAACGAUGUCGAUAGGAUCCAAUCCAUCUUUCACCAUUCUGCAAGAUUCAAUCAUCUGGACCUGAUGGCCAUUGGCGAGGACCAUGUCUUUAUUAUUCAUCGCCAAUUGCUUCUGCAGGAUGUCUACGACUACCUCUCUGGAUCGACCAAGGGCUUCCAGCGAGUCUUUGUCAAUGUCGACUAUCAUCUAUCCCAGCCUGAAAUUAUGCCCGCAAAUAGAUACAAGGCCUUGGAGGACUACAUUCGGGGAGUGCUUCUGCCUGAAGUUCAAUACCGGAUAAAGUCUUGGGAUCAAGCAGAGCAGAUAUAUCGCCCUCUUGCUGUACCAGACCGACUCUCGCUUGUGACACUGACAGGCUGGCUGCUGAGUUAUCCUGUCAACUACGUGUUGCCGGGCCACGGCCGUCGGUACAGCAGCGGUGGAAGCUCGAGCUCGGAGGCUCUUUGUGACGAAGAUGAGGAGGAUGAGGAUCAGGAUGACGGACGAAACGCGCUCGCAAACCAGUCGUUGGUCGUUACUCGAGUAAAACUGCAGCCGAACGAGAGAAUAGAGGGCCUGCCAGAGCAUUGUCUACUCAGCUUCUCAUAUCCUUCAGAGCUGGCGGAACGGUGCAUGGACAGAUCAUCUCCAACGCCGCCUUCACCGCUUUCACCCGAGAUCGAAAGGGACGAGUACCGAUUCGAGACAGCGGACCCCUCAUCUUCUCCAGCCCAAGGAGAUGUCAAUCUAUCGUCACGGCUGCCCAGCUCCGAAUCAUUCGACAAGAGCAGGCUGCUGCCGUUCAACAACGCGGACAUUGACGCAGCAGGACGGGCGUUCCUGACACAGCUCCACAAUCGAUUCCAGAAGCAGAGCAUCUGGAAGGCAUGGGAAGUUGGCCAGCAGAAAGUAACCCUUCCUGUUGUGGCGAUGUAGAGCGUGACCAUCCAUCGACAUAGCUUCAUUUCAGGUGCAGCAUCAUAUGGUGAUGAUGUGGGACCACAUAUUCAUACAACUUCCCUAAUACUCCGCUUUCUGCAGACAUAUAAAUACAAACAAACC